AGAAGCCAAAGUCAGGAACGAACGAUCUCCCAUCUCCCUCGGUUCAUCCAGAGUCCCCCUCUCCCUCUCCACUUCCCGAUGGUGUUCAAGUUCUUGACGUUCAUCCCCAACGAUAAUUUCCUCAACACUCGGCCCGGUUCGCCGCCGGCCUUCACGCCUUCACCGUCGGUGGCUUCUCCUAUCGUCUGUAGCGGUUGCACAGGUGUCAUCAGUAGAUUCGACGAGCUGCAACUGCGGGAUCGGUCCAGAUAUGGAGGAGCUGUGGUGGAGACGCAGGACGAGAAUCCCGGGGGAAGGAAUGGUUCGGCGGGAAAAGCGAACCCAAUUGCCGAGAAGCAGGUCAAGGAAGUCAGCCUUCUCGCCAAGGCAGUUGAAGUUCUGGAUGCAAUUGGUGGUAGUAUGGCAAAUUUGAACAUAAACAGCAGUUUCAUGUCAAGAAGUAGAAUAAAAGGAAUGCCUAUAUCACUUUUGGCCUUUGAAAUUGCAAACACUGUAACAAAGGGUGCCAACCUUAUGCAAUCCCUCUCGGAACAAAACAUUGCAUAUUUGAAAGAAGAAUUGCUCCCAUCAGAAGGUGUGCAAUGCCUAGUAUCAACAGAUAUGGAUGAACUGCUGAGAAUUGCUGCCGCUGACCAGAGGGAAGAAUUGCAAUCUUUUAUAAAAGAGGUGACACAGUUGGGGAAUCUAAGCAAAGAAAAUCAAUUCCAUAAUUUGGACCGCUAUUUUGAGUUCAAAAAGAGGGAGUCGAGUGCUGCACCAGGGACACCGUUAAGGAAAGACGCGUGGGCAGUAAUGCUGCCAUUAAUGAAUCUGGUUCAGUCUACAUCUGAGUUGUAUUCCAAUUUACAAGCCUUGGACAGAAUCGAGAAAGAUUAUCAGCAAAAGCGGCAAGAACAUAUAAGCCUUGACGAGAAAGAUAAAAACCAGAGCCUUUCAAUUCUGAGGUCACAGCUAAAGAGUCAGAGGAUUCAUGUGAGAAGUUUAAAGAAGAAAUCACUUUGGUCGAGGUCUCUGGAAGAGGUGGUCGAGAAGCUUGUGGAUAUUAUCCUUUGUCUCCAAAUGGAAGUUCUUAAAUCCUUUGGUAGUGCUGAUUGUGAAAGAGCAGCAGGAGUUUCUGCCAGCAAUGGUAGUAAAUUGGGAUCUUCUGGCCUGGCUUUGCACUAUGCAAGCAUUAUAACUCAAAUUGACACUAUUGUGGUUCAUUCGGGCUCUGUAACUCCAACAAUGAGAAAUGAAUUGUACCAAGGUCUGCCACCCGGUACAAAGUCAGCUAUGCACUUAUGGCUGCGGCAAGUUCAGAUUCAGGAAGAGCCUACAUUUCCAAUUAUUAAAGCUAAAAUGGAGAAGACAAUGUCGUGGCUUGCUCCACUUGCAGCUAACACAAUCAAAGCACACUAUGGCUUUGCGAAACUGGGAGAAUGGGCAAAUAUGAGGUCCAGAGUAAACCAGAGACCCACUGGCAGGGGUGAUUUCAUCAGAAUCGACACUCUAUAUCAUGCUGAUAAGGAGAAAACUGAGCCCUACAUUGUUGAACUGUUGUUCUGGCUUCACCAGAUGGUCUGCAAGAGAAGGGCAAUGAACAAUGGAAUUACCUGUUCACUUGAUUCGACGGUUUCUUCACUAAGCGACGAAGAGAUCAGAUCAUCUUCUUACAGUUUGCGUAAGGAUGUGCAUAAGAGGAAGCUGAUGCGAAGAACGAGUGAGACUCUGGAAUCCGAAACAGGAAAUCCCCAUUCAUGCUAUUACCAUCUACCGUGCACAGGCAUUUGUGAUUCUUCCACCAAUAGAAGUCCGGGGGUUUCAGUUCCGAUUCUGAAAACAUUAUCGAUGGACUUUGGCAUAGACAUGAUGACUGCAUUGGAUGUCAUGGAUGGCAUUCCCGCCUCUUGGAGUCCAUGAGCAAUCACUGUGAGAAAAGCGAUGACUACAGUUCGUACAAAUAGCAGGUGUGUAUCUACCUCUUGUACACUGGAACUUGGAGGGAGAUAGUGGACAGUAAGACAUCAUUUGGAUAUGUAGCGGAUGCCAAAACAAUGUAUCACGUUGCCUGUUCGUCCUCUGAUACGGUUAGAAGAGAAUCUACGGUCUUGCAAGACCAUGUGUACAUUUAUGUUGCAGCUGAACAUAAGUAAAUACGUUGGAUUCAAAUAUUUAUGUACGAUCAUCUGCCAUGCUUUGCUUUCGCAGGUCGCCCGAUUUGGGGACAGCGUAUAGGUCAACCGUUCGGGUGAUGAUUGUUAGGAUAGUUAGGUAAUUACGAGUCUUGUUGUAAUCUAUGUUGUGAUCGCCCGUGUUUUCUUCGUGAUCUAGUAAUGCCUUUUAGUCUAUAUUCGCUUCCUAUGGUC